AUGAACUUCUCAUUCGGCGAUCUCCCCACCAUCCAGACCCGCAAGGCGUUACUGUUGCUGGAUUUCCAAAAUGACUUUGUUCGGCCCUCCGGGGCGCUUCAUGUCCCCAACACGCCUGAUAUCCUCGAGACCCUGCCUCACCUCGCCGCAGCGUUUCGUCGCGUGGGUGAUGUAGUAUGGGUGCGCUCUCAUUUCGAUACCCUACAAGCCAUUACCGACUGGAAUUUUGGGGAUCGCAUUGUUUUGGCGCGAGAACCCCCGCGCCGGAAGACAUUGCCUUCAUCUGAUGUUAUUGAAGUCGGAUCGGACCGUGAUUCGCCUGAGCCUAUCGAUCCGGAAGCUUUCUUGUCUGCCGAUCCAUCGCGAUGUGUUACGCACCAGACCCCUGGAUAUCAGUUUCCUGCACCGAUCCUCGCCGCCAUCGAUGCCCAGAAAGAUACUGUCAUCGACAAAACAGGAUAUUCUGCCCUGGAGUCGCCUGGUCUGAUCCUGUCGUUUCGAACUCGCUUCGUCACUGAACUAUAUCUAUGUGGGUCACUAUCUAAUGUGUCUGUAUUCGCCACUGCUCUGGAUGCUGUGCGCAAUGGUUUUUCGGUGACUCUGGUAGAAAAUUGUUUGGGUUUCCGUGAUUUCCAACGUCACCAAGAAGCCAUGCGUCGCAUGGCAGAUAUUCUCGGUGCGACAGGUACAACCUCGCAGGAGCUUUCGCAGGAGUUGGAUUGGGACGAGACCGAUGCGAUUGCGCGCCAAGGUGUGUCACGACUGAAGAGACCAGCUAACACAGCUGGCAUUGAGAGUAUCAUGGAUGGACUAGAGGUUUGGACCGCCAAUGAUACCGCAGCAAAAGAAGAGGAUUCACAAGAAGAGGACGACUUCAGUAUUGCCAAGCUUGCUUCUCGUUCCCGCACACAGCGCGGUGCCGCACAGGCACGGGGUCCAACAGAAGAGAAGAAGAAAGUGCGCGCGCGAAUCCGUCGUCCAAAACGACGAGAGCCAACGUCAGAAUCCGGAGUUGGAGCUCGCGUAGAUCUUUCCCAGAAAGAUGCGCCUGCCAGGCCGGCAGAAACACCGAAUACAUCCAAAAGUGACAUCGGAGAAGGCGACUCGCGUAUCGUGCAUAACAUCGAUCUGCCGGAAGAUGCCUUUGAACGCCUCCAGGCGGAGGUGAAAUGGCAGAAGAUGUACCACCUCUCGGGUCUAGUUCCUAGAUUGGUUGCAGUUCAAGGCCAAGCUCAAGCAGAUGGAGCGAUACCUAUUUACCGCCAUCCUGCGGACGAAUCUCCAGCCUUCAGGCCUUUUACACCUGCAGUGGAUGCAGUGCGGGCCACUGUUGAACGCAUCUUGGGCCACCCAUUAAAUCAUGUGCUCAUCCAGCUUUACCGUGAUGGACAGGAUCGCAUCUCAGAGCAUUCAGACAAGACGCUGGAUAUUGUGCGGGGGUCUUUCAUUUGCAAUGUCAGCCUAGGCGCUGAGCGCGUUUUGGUACUUCGGACCAAAGCUUCAGCAUCCAAGCCCGCAGAAGGGGCGGAACCAGGUCGGACCACCCAGCGCGUGCCCCUGCCUCACAAUUCACUCUUCGUUAUGGGGCAAAACACAAACAUGCGUUGGCUUCAUGGAAUCCGGGCAGACAAACGUCCCGAUUCAGCCAAGUCCACUGCCGAGCAGACAUACGGUGGACAGCGUAUCUCCCUUACUUUCCGACAUAUUGGAACAUACAUCGAACCCGCGACCAACAAAAUCUGGGGCCAAGGGGCUGUCGGUAAGACAUCAGAUCAGGCGCGUCCUGUAAUCCAUGCAGAUACCGCUGGAACAGAGCAACUUAUUGCUGCUUUUGGUCAAGAGAACCGUGAUACCGAGUUUAAUUGGGACGCUGUGUAUGGCGAAGGCUUUGAUGUGGUCAACUUUGUGACUCCGUCUACGGCACAAUUGAUACUCAGCGGAGACCCUGUCAUUGACUUGUGUGUACGACUUUCUCUGGGAGAAAACGGUAUUCGAUAUGAGGUCAUCACUGGCCAUCCAGAGAAGGAUAUUCAUAAUGAUCAAGCACCGGCCUUGCCAGUGUACAUUGCUUCCGAUGGGUCUACUGCCGCAGGUGGCUCUUCUAUCCUGAAGCAUUUAGCCCAACGAGUCGAAUCCACACGCCCAGGUGCAGUGUCAUUGGGUGGGGGUGAUUACUUGCCAAUCGUCGACCGAUUUUUGAUGCACUGGCGGGAACAUCGUGCCAAUAAUUCAGAUCAUGCAUUUGACUUCGGCUUUGAAGAUUGGGAACAUGUUCUGGAGGGACAACACUACCUAGGAGGUACAGUGCUCGCUAUCGAUGACUGCUCUCUGUGGCCAGUUUUCCGCGAGAUCAUACAAACACAAGGCAUGUUUGAUUCCCGAUUCCCAAAUUUGAACCAAUACUAUGAAAGAGUUGCCAAACGAGGUAUCGUCCGGUCAAUUCUGGAGGAAUGA